AUGGCGGCCAGUGGAGGGGCGAUGCGUUUUUGCUGUGGAAUUUCCUUGGCUCUGUUGUUUUUUGUCCUUCUCCAUUGUCAAUUUAUCUGUUCUUCAAAUUCCACAAUAGCAAUAAAACAAUCGAUGCCCCUUACAUCAGAUUGUGUAGAUAACAAUGGUGCAGCUGUUGGUCAUGAAGCAACAUGGCCUACCUCAACUGGUUCCUGUGAUAAGAAUAAAUGUUUUCAUGGAACACUAAUGAAAUUUAUCAUUACAUACAGUUGUCCAUCCCUGAAAACGGGAGAAAAUCCGGACACAACCAAUUGCCUUGAGACAUCCAAUUCGGGCCUUAGUUUCCCAGGGUGUUGUCCUACACUCAUUUGUAACUCAUCUGUGCCACUGACAACCCUGGCUCCAACAGCUUGUUAUGAUCUGAGCUCCGACUUUGCCUGCAGUGUGUGGUCAAAUAUGACUGAUGGGUGUCAGAGUGGUACAGAUGGUUAUGGGGACAGGAUAUACAACUACACAACUGUCUUCUGUAGGAAAACCUGCAGGUAUGUCGCCUUCGUGUUGAAGGUUCUUUAGCUGUUUUUAAACAAACUUAAUUAAAACUUGCUUAUCAUCUGUUAUUCUGUAUUUAUGUUUUAUGUAUACAGUUAUUUUAAGAAAACAAAAUGCCCUUUUUAUAAACCUCUAGGUGGAAUAAAGUUAAAUUCUUUAUGACUACAAUAUAGAGAUAAUGUAAAUUACUUCAAGUGUAAGAUUUUUGUGUAUAAAAAAGGUGGAAUAGUACAGUCAAACCUCAUUAUCUCUAACUUGAUGGGGCUGAGAGAAAACUGAAGAUAUCCCAGAGUUAAGAGAUAUUAAGAUCAAAAUACAGUGAAACUUCUAUAAACCAGCCGGCUCUUGGACCGAAAACAAUGGCUGGUUUGGAGGGGUGGCCGGUUAACCGAGAAUUUACCAUUUAGAGAUAUUUUAUCUCAAUAUUCACAAAGUAGGUACUGUUCCCUUUCUUCUGAUGAUCUAUGAUCAAUUAUCGGCGGAGAUCAAAUUAGUCCGCUUGUACCUACAGGUAAUUAUACAUGUGUAAUUAACAAGAAAUAUUCUCACUGAAAUCAUCUAAUUUCAAACUGAAAAUCUAUAACAGGAUUCCGAUACAUAAAGAAAACACAGAAGCAUAUUGGAAUUCCUCUUACCUAUAAAAACUGUUUACAUGCAUGACUUAUAUCAUUUUUGUUUUGACGUUUUUGAAAAGUAAAUAUGGGAAUUUUAAGUCUAUGGAAACCAAGAAAAUUUAGUUAUCUUUUAAUAAUUAUCAUUAACAGUCAUGGGUUUGUUUUCUUUAUAAACUACCGCUUAUAUCCAUACGAUAGAAUGGUGCUACAAUAUGGCGUUUGAUAUACUGUAUUCAUUCAAUAUGUUCCUAACUGUUUUUUACAUUUUGUACAGAAUUUGGAAGGGUCACUUGGAUUAGCUAAGUGUCUAUUAAUACCCUUGACAGGACAGGUAAACAAUAGAAAUUAAAGAGGCCACUUGUGUUUUUAACACCUCCAGUUGAUAAUUUCCCACCUGGCCAGUUGGUCAGUCAAUUUACACACCUGGCCGAUCUUGAUCAACCUCUGCAUGGCCAAAAUUUUUAUGUCUUCAAAAAGUGGCCGGUAUGUUGGGAUAAAUUACACAUGUUUGUUAACAAAUAUACUUUAAAAAGUGACCGAUGUCCGGUUUUAUGGGGUGGCCGGUUUUUUAAGACUUUCUUUGUAAGGAAAUGUUAAGAUUUCUGCCGGGACUUUGAAAACCAGUCGAUACUCAGGGAGAACCGGUUUUUUGAGGGGCCGGUUUGGACAAGUUUCACUGUACAUAAAGAAAAUAGUGUGUUGGACUUCAUAUCCAUGCUAUUCAGGAUAUCGGUGUUUGAAAUACCAAAAUCCAACUGUAAUUACAAAUAUGUAUUUUGUAGCUCUGUAGGACAUUAUUUGAAGAAAUGUUUUAUGAUAUUUAUUAUAGAAUUUAUGAGGUGAUCAAUGUUUUUCUUUUCAGAUUUUGUUAGAAGAGCUAGUAUAUCCAUCAGGUGAAUGCCAUUGUAUUCCAUCCAAGAUUUUUUGCAAUUAGAACAUACUUAUUUACCUGAUUUAUAACUGUAUAUAUUAGUAUCAUAUCAUAUCUUGUUUUUUAUGUAAAGAAGAUUGCUCCUGCACCAUUUCAUAUUUCAACUAGCUGCUAUUGUGAACAGAAACAAGAUACUUCAAUCUAAAAAUUUACUAAUAGCAUGCAUAUUUAAUAAAUCACUGAAAUAGACAUUGGCAUGCAGUAUACUGCAUUUUUAUCUUUGACUGAAAAGUGAAGUGAUUUUAAGGAGUAUUCAAGAAUUGUAAAAUUAAAUCUUUAAUGUUGAUUUUACAGUGUUUUUAUGCAAGUUUUUUUUUUGGGGGGGGGGGGUGUCUGUGAUAUUUCAUGUGUCUUUAUGAUAUUUUAUGAUUUUAUAAUGUUUUAGUUGAUUUCUAUGUACCCUACAUUAUUUGGGCUGGUCCCAGUAUGCAGAAUAUGUGUAUCUGUGUUACUAAUAAAUUCAUGGUUUAAUCUUG